AUGAAAGUUAGUCAGCUUCUGGUUAAUAAUGAUUGGAUUAUUCCUCAUCAGUUCUUGGAAUUUUUCUCUGUGAAUUUACCUGCAUUAUAUGAAAAAGAUAAAUUGAUUUGGUGUGGGGAUAUGUCUGGGAAUUUUUCGUUUUCUUCUGCAAUAGAGACAAUUAUAAUUAAAUACCCUAAAGUAUACUGGUAUAAGAAGAUUUGGACUCCAUGUGUUCACCCAACUAAAGCUAGCAAUAUCUGGAAAAUUACAAGAAAUAUUGGUGUUACUGAUGAAAAUAUGAAUAAGAGAGGCUUUCAACAUGUUUCAAGAUGUUAUAUCUGUCAUGAAGACCGAGAUUCUAUGGAUCAUAUUAUGUGGAAUUGCAAGUUUGGUCAAAUUUUAUGGAACUGGCUGGGAGGUAUAUUCUCUUUUCUUAAUCCUUCUUCAUUUGAUGAUAUUUUGUCUCUCAGUAAAUUUAAAAGCCCUGUCAUUCAAGAAUUAUGGUUAAUUGCUAGCUUUUGCACUAUGAUUGAAAUUUGGUUCACUAGAAAUAAAAUGUUCUUUGAUGAAGAUAUAUACAAUGUGGUUCAUUCCAAGAGAAGAGUAUUACAUUUCGCUCAUGAAUGCAGACAUAGACUCAAGGGUACUAUGUGGAAUUCUAAUUAUGAUAGUCACAUUCUGCAAUUUUUCAACAUUGGUACCAGACCUGUCAAAAGUUUCAAGGCUAUUGAAUGUUUCUUUCUACUGCCAGAGAAUAAUAUACUUCUAUUUUGCUGUGAUGGAGCAACCAAAGAUAAUCCAGGCUUGGUUGGUUAUGGUUUUAUAGCUAGAAACUCAAAUGGUGAAUUUGUUGUUGCUGAAGCUGGUGGUUUAGGAGUGGCGACUAACUUCAUUGCAGAGAUAGUGGCAGUUCUAAGAGCCAUGGAAUGGGCUGUAACUAACCUGAAAUGGGAUAUCAUUAUUCAAACUGAUUCUCGUUGCAUUAUUGAUGUAUUCAUGAAGAAUAAACUUCCUUGGGUCUUCUGGUCAAGAUGGAAUAGAAUAAAAACCAGCCUACAUAGAAUUCAUUUCAGGCAUGUAUAUCGAGAAAUUAAUUUCUCUGCGGACAGUUUUGCCAAAAGAGGUGCAGGCUUGGAGAUUGGACAAAUCAGACGCUACAAUAACAAACCAUAUUUAUUACACAGUAUGGAAAUGCCAGGCAAAGCUUAUUAUAGGUUUUGUUUCAAAUAA